UAAACUUACUACGAAACGUGAUUUUUGACAAAAUCUGUAUCCCUUCUCGACUAAAAAAAAAAAAACGGUCCUCCCACAAUCCUCUGCUUCCAUUUUAGUCCCGUCAUCCACUGCGGUCUUCACCCUCUCCAGCGAGCAAGAUGGCGGACAGAAUAGUUCCCUUGGGUGAGAAGCGUCUGAUGGAUGUGAAGCUGGGAGAGUUGGGCUCCUGGUUGGGCAAGAGGGACUUCACUCCUAACGGAGUCCUCGCCAGCAUCCGCAAUGGCCAUGAUAGAUAUUACAACAAGUACAUCAACGUGAAGAGGGGAGGUAUUGGAGGCGUGGCCAUGCUGCUGGUUGGAUACGUGGCCCUCAGUUACAUGUGGGAGUACGACCACCUCAAGCACGACCGCUGGAGGAAGUACCACUAAAGCCCCUCCUCUCCUGACCCAGCAGGGCAAAAGCCUGACCUCUGACCCCCCUAGCUCCAGCUGUCUGUAUAAUACCACCGUUGUGACCAAGAAUAAAUAAAACUACUUCUAACAUUUAA